CAGCGACCCAGAAACGCCGCGUGCGUCUGUGCUCCGUCGUCGUUUUAUCGCGUGCGCUGGAGCGUGCAGUCAGCUGUCAGCCUGAACAAAAAAAAAAGGACUAUUUCACUUAACAAUGCGAAAUAUAUAUUUGCAAAAUAAUAGCCACUUAAAGUGUUUAUUUUAUCUGGUUAAUGUGAUUUUUGCUCCCGAGCCUCGGCGCUCAUCAGGACUGUAUCUGUCGUCUGGGAAACUUUUCUUGGAUUUAUCCAUCGUUUACCUCCCGGGGGUCGAAAAGCUGAGUAAAUCUUGCCGCCGGGUGUCGGACAUCGGCGGUUGUGACGCAUAUUUUGAGCGACAAAAAAUUAAAAACGUUUUAUUUUAGUGUUACAAGAUCACCACAAUCUUCAAAUUUAUAAUUACAUCUUAAAAAAUGAACGAAUACAUUUAAAUGAAAUGCUCAUUAUUUAUUUUCCAAAGUCACAGGGAGCCACAGCAGAGGGAUGAAAGAGCCACAUUAUUAUAUUACCACUACUGCUGCAUGGAUAAUUUUACUACUGCUGGUCAGCCGUUGGGAGAGGAGGAACCUCAGAGCUGGAGCCAUGUUGUCGGCGGAGGAGAUUCUGUGCAGCACGCAGCAGGUGAUCGCGGGGCUGGAGGCGCUGAGAGGAGAGAACUGCAGUCUGCUGGAGAACCUGCAGGAGGCGAUGGAGAGCCGGCCGGUGACAGAGAGCGGCAGCGUGGAGCAGGAGAAGAGCGGCAUCAUCCGCCAGUCACUGGAGAGGAUAGAGCUGGGACUGAGUGAGGCUCAGGUGAUGAUGGCGCUGUCGGCUCACCUGGGAUCACUGGAGGCAGAGAAACAGAAGCUGCGAGCUCAGGUGCGUCGUCUCUGUCAGGAGAACCAGUGGUUGAGGGACGAGCUGGCCAAUGCCCAGCAGCGGCUGCAGGACAGGGAGCAGGAGCUGGUCACCCUGGAGGAGCAGAACAGACACCUGCAGUUCAUGUCCUCCAUACGCAAAUAUGACCAGGAGGAGCCACAGCUGGAUGACAAAGACAUGUCCUCCAACAAGGAGUCUCUGGACGAUCUCUUUCCUGCUGAGGAUGAGGAGCAGUCACAGAUGUCCCAGCCUCACCACAGCAGUGCAGCGGCUGCAGCCCAGCAGGGCGGCUACGAGAUUCCCGCCCGCCUUCGAACGCUUCACAACCUGGUUAUCCAGUACGCAUCCCAGGGACGAUACGAAGUCGCUGUACCACUCUGCAAACAGGCUUUGGAAGACCUGGAGAAGUCCUCAGGCCACACCCACCCAGACGUAGCCACCAUGCUGAACAUACUGGCGUUGGUAUAUAGGGACCAGAACAAAUACAAAGAAGCAGCCAACCUGUUGAACGAUGCUUUGGCGAUCAGGGAGAAAACUCUUGGGAUGGACCACCCGGCUGUUGCAGCAACACUCAACAACCUGGCAGUGCUUUAUGGGAAAAGAGGAAAAUACAAGGAAGCAGAGCCACUGUGUAAAAGAGCUUUGGAGAUCAGAGAGAAGGUUCUGGGUACAGACCACCCAGAUGUGGCAAAGCAGCUGAACAACCUGGCUCUGCUGUGUCAGAACCAGGGGAAGUACCAGGAGGUGGAGCAGUACUAUGAACGCGCUCUGCACAUCUACCAGAGCAAACUGGGACCAGACGAUGCCAACGUGGCCAAAACCAAGAACAACCUGGCAUCAUGUUAUCUUAAGCAGGGGAAAUACAGACAAGCUGAGUCUCUUUACAAAGAAAUCCUGACCAGAGCACAUGAAAAGGAGUUCGGAUCUGUAGAAGGCGAUGGUCGUCCCAGCUGGUCUGGAGCUGAGGACGGUGGCUCCAGACAGGACGGACUCAGUAAUCUGAAGCGCAGUGGUUCCUUCACCAAACUCAGAGAGUCAAUACGCCGAAGCAGCGAGAAACUGGUCCGCAAGCUGAGAGGAGUCGGAAUGGAGGAAACAACCCCGAGGAAUGCUGGGAUGAAGAGAGCAAACUCUCUGAAUGUGUUAAAUGUUGGAGCCAGAGAGAAUCAAGAUGGUGCCCAGUUGAGCCGUCUGGCAGAGAUUCGAGGCCUGAGCUCCAGCACGCACAGCCUGACAAGACGAGGUUCACUCGGUGGGACCACCUAACACACACACACACACACACACACGCAUCCUUCUACAUGCUACACUCAAAGAUAACUGGACAGAAGUUUUUAUUCUGACGGUUGUGAGACAUGAAUACCCUCAAGAAAAACUAAGGUCACUGUCACACUGAGACUUUUUCGAAAUAUAAUGUGCACAUAAUAAUUUGCCAUGCUUGUUUUGAGUAAUAUCUCCAGAAAGUAAUUGGAAAAGCACGAGUCACAUGUCUGUAACUUGACUUAUCUACAUUGCACUAUAACCUUUCCUUCCUGUUCACAUCAUUCCUUUCUGGUUUUAGAUCACUAACAAAUUCAGUUUCCUCACUACAAGUUAAUUAUUAACUGGAAACUGUGUUUUGUUGGACCCUUUUAUACUAAAAUAAUGCCAGCUAAAAAUAAUACCAGUUAAAAAUAACAGUAGCAUUUACACUGUAAGAAAUCAUGUUUCCAAGUUUACAUUAACGAGUGAUCUGUAAUACUGUUAAUUGGAGGUUGUUCCUCGUGCUAGCGUACCCUUUUAAGGUAUAUUUUUACUAGCAACACUGAAAAAAAAUUUGUUUUAAAUGAAAUUCAAAGUUAAACAUGCAUAUUGACAUCACAGAUUAUCUUUGUAAAAGCGAAUGUUUUGAGGAGCACAGGGACGUUGUUUGCACAAUGAUCAAAAACGUGAGUUUGUCAAAAAUGUAGUUACAUUUGGUUUACGAGGGAGAAGUUAAGCAGAUAACAGGUUUAUACUGAAGACAUUUAUUUAAAUGUGACUGAUGCUUUUGCCUUUACAGUGUGCAGGCCAUUCAAUUAAUAUUUUUAUAUUUCCAGAUGAUAAGUAUAAAAACACAAAUGUGUUUACUUUUGCUGUUUUGCACCACAGUCCAGUUCUGUCAUUCCAGAUUAUGAAAAUAAGGACCAGACUUUUUUUGUAACUUAACUAGUUAAAAAAUCCCAAACACCAGCUCUACAGAAAGAACACACGUACCUGACUUUAAAGAUGGAAAAGUUAAUAUCAGUUAAUAUAGUCUUAUACUUAUUAAUAUUUCUGAGAGUAAACACUUAAAUAGUCAAUGAAGAAUUUUACUAAUUAUGUAUUUAAUUAAUUUUGAGUUUUUAUCUAAAUCUGUUCAAUUCAGAAAAUAGUAAUGAGUUAUGUGUAUGCCCAAAGUUAUUGUUGUGUGCCUGAGUCAACAUCGCUUUGAUGACUUUUUGAUGUUAAGUCUAAUAUUCACUCUGUUUUAGCUCUGUUUUUGGUCUCCACCAGCUCCUGAGGGAAAUAUCUGGCUCUGUAGUUGCUAAAUGCUCCACUAUGUUCAGCUGGUCUCUGACUGUCUGUGUACAGUGGGUUUUUACAGUGGGUGACUCUGUGAGAGUGAACCAGAGCAGUGUAGUUAAACAGUGAGCUCAAACAGUUGGUUGAUAAUUCUCUGUAGGUUUGAUUUGAGCUGUUUUUUUCUGUGCUUAUUCACUGAAAUGCCUGAAGCCCACAAUGCAUCUCAGGUCACUAUUGUAAAUAGGAAAAAAAAAAGCUUUGAAUAUGACAUAGAUUUCUCUGUGCUCUCUUUAAUUUGUUAUAGAAAGAAUUACUUGAACUAGUUACUUCCUUGACUGAAAGUCAAGAUUUUAAUGACGUGGCAUCAAAACUGCGUGAACAAAAAACCUGAUUGCUUCUUCCAUUUUCUGUUGCAAGAGACAGAGCAUUAAUGAGUCCAUACACACUCAUAACACUACGGAUGCAAAUAAAUAAAAGCUGCUAGGAAAUCUCGGCUCCCUGAAAACCAUGUUACACCUGAUGCUCGUGGAUUUUAUUCCACGCUGCUCUUCUUAGGACUCACUCAUUUCCUUUUGCUCAUUCAAACAUACAGUAUAUUCUGUUCUUCCAUGAUGGAGAACUACUGAUUGUACAUUUGCUGUAGUAGAAGAGGUCACUGCUGUUUGCUGUAUGGGCUGAAAUCGCACUGUUACUGUAGAAAGUGUUGUCUGUUACAAGCUUUAUGAAGCUCUUGUAUGACUGUUACAGACAAAAUGGGAAAAAUGUGUAGAAGUGGACUGUAUCUCUUCUGAUGCUGUGUUUAUUCUGGUAAAUAUGAAUAUUUGUAUUUUAUAUUUGCAAACUCGAGCUGAAUUAAAUUACAAUAAAACGUUAACGUGCGUUGUUUUAAUGAAAAUAUGGCUUCAGGUGUUUUACAAGUGUGGCUGUUUUCAAAAAGCUGUUACUUAAAUUUUCCGUUUGAAAAGUGACUGUCAGAUUUUUGGUGUUAAGUGUUGAGGUAUUUGCUCUGGAUUUGAUUUUGUCAAAAGCCUCUUACACAUUAAAAUCACAUUAUAUGCUACAAACUGAAACACCAAGAAGAAAAACACGAGUCAGUUGUUAAAUACAAACAUGUGUAUUCCAAACUUUGUUGAAAAACAGAUACACAAUUAUU